GUAUAAAAUAUGGAGUGGUCGAAAAUCAAAUCUAUUGUUGACAUGGGAUAGCAACGCUGCGUCAAAAGAAAUGGUUGUUCGAGCAUAUACAGAGAGCGGGAGUAAUAACCAAUAUUGGCGUAUUGAACAAACCGGCGAGGAGUCCUACAGACUAAGGAAUCUGCAAAAUUUAAGUUUGAUUUUAGUGUUAACUGAUGCUAUCAGUACAUAUGGUGGAUUAAAGUUAAAAGUUCAAAAUGAUUCUGAUAUAAGUACUAAUUUACGUUCUAAUUGGAAAAUAAAACGUAUCUUUUAUCAGUACAUUCCAGAUGGUGAUUAUAAUAUAUUCAAUGAUAACGUCCCAAAUAUUGUUGUUGACUUUACCAAUCAAAAGGGUUCAUUGAUUCAUGGUAAUAACUACUGUGGCAACAAUAAUCAAAAAUGGUCAUUUAUGUAUGAUGGAAAGAAAAAAGCUUACAAAAUAAAGAGCGGUCUGCGUCCAAAACUUUGGUUAAGCUGGGAUAGCAAUGCCUCGUCUAAAGAAAUGGUUCUUCGUGCUUAUACAGAAAGCGGGAGUACGAACCAAUAUUGGCGCCUUGAAAAAGCCAAUGACGGAUCAUACAGACUCAGGAAUCUGCAUGAUUUUAAUAAGUGUAUAGCUCUAACUAAUAAAAAUACCACUUAUGAAGGUAAAGAACUUAUAGUGUCAGAGACUAAAGAAAACGGUAACACUUGGUAUCCUAAAAACCUAGGGGAAGUACCUCUACCAAAUAGAAAAUUCAGAAUUGCAACUAAAUUAAAUUACAAAAAAGUGAUAGAUUCAAGAAGAUUUCACGACUUGAUUAUUACUCAUGAUCUAAAUUUUGCUUCUAGCAUAUGGAAACUUGAAUAUGAUUCAAGUAAAAAAGCAUACAAUAUAUAUUCCGCGGACAUCAAUAACCUAGGAUGGAUAUAUCAAAAUAAAAACUUUUUUGUUAAGCUGGACAAUAUAGAUGGUCUGGAUCAUGGAGAUCACAGAUAUUUUUGGACAAUAGAAUAUAACAUAAAAAGUGGUUGCUAUUUAAUAAGAAGCUUAUAUGACCCGGCUUGUGCAGUUGGUUAUACUGACAACGAAUCUGUAAUUACCAGUACUACAACAUACUCCGAUCGUCAAUUAUUUCAUUUUAUUCUAAUGUAAUGUAAUUAUGAGAUGGAUCAAUAGAUAUACAAUAAAUUUAAAAGGAACAGUUUAACUAAUAACUUUGGUUAAAUUAAAAUAACACUUAUUCAUAAACCUAAUGUUUACUUAGGAACGUCAGUAGAUUAAAUUAAUUUAGUAUUAAUGUAAUUAAAUGAUUCUAAAAAUAAUUGUACUGCCAGUUCUUAGAACGGACUAGAAGGCAACUAUUGCACCAUGCUUUGUAGUAUAUGAUCUCGAAUUAAUUAUUGAUACUAAUAAAAAAUGUCAAAAAAUUAAACAUAUAUGUCAUAUAAGUGAAGGUUUAGCCGCUAUUAGAGGCAAAGAUGGUGAAAUAGGAACACUUACAUUAUCAUUGUAGCAACACGUAAACUUCAUAUAAUUUACGUAUAUGCAUAAUAUAGGUAUAAUAUACGUCUAAAGAUACAAAAAAUAAAAUUGACACAGGUAAAGUAGGUUACUGACCAACCAUUGCAUCGGCCCCGAUUUGUAGGUGUAAGAAUAAAACAAAAAGUAUAGACACCACCACAAUGACAAUACAUAGAUGUUCACGAUCCCGUACAGUAUGUAAAAAUCAGUGUUCUCUCACCAAACAAUAGAUGUUGGUGAACUGCAAAAACAUUGAUACAAGCACUGAGAUAACCGUAUAUUAUCAUUCCCCUUAUAAUAGCACAGCCUUAGCUAAAAGCUUACCUUUAAUGUUCCUUUUUUUUAUUGAAACACUUGACCUUACUAGAUCUUUUGUUAAAAUAAACCAAUACCGUGGAAAGAAUUACUCGUUUUGUGUAAUUUUAUUAAGCAGGUCGCUCGAAUAGCUCGCAUCCACAAAUAAACACCCUUAAACAUAAGUAAACCUAAAUCGUUAGCCUAUGUGAAAGACUUUCAAUAUGUGGGUCCCGCAAUAGAGUACAACGUAAGUAACACCUUGAAACACGGUCUUAAAAAAUAAAACAGCAAAGCCUCCUGAUCAUCAAUUUUAAUUUGAACACUACUACUUUUUACGUUUGUUGUUGCUAAGUAAAUAGAUUUUAUCUUCGUUUCGGUCAGCUUAUGAUUAUUUGUAAUUAUUAUAAACAAGGAUGAGAUAGAGCAA